AUGAUGCAUCGGUGCGAUUUUAGGGUUUCAGAGUCGGCCAAGAAAAGAAAGUAUGGGUUUCGGAAGAGGAAGAGGAAGGUAAACGAAGAGGAAGGUCGGCGAGAUCUGGGUUUCGGAGUCGGGAAAAGGAAAGGGACGUCGUCGACGAGAAAGGAAGAUCUCCGACGAAGAUACGUCGACGAUUCCGACGAAGAGAGGUCGCCGAUUCAAGUUCCGUUUCGGAUUCGACGAAGAGAGAACGCCGCCGGGGAUUUUAGGGUUUCAGAUCGAAGAGAAUGA